UGCAGAAAGUGUGGAAUUUAUGUGUCGAAAUACCAAUAGCUUGAGUAAAAGUAAUUGAAAGUGGAAUUUGUGCACGGGAUUCAAGUUUAUUUACACUACCGAUUACAACGAUGCAACGAGCUACCACGUUGAUUAUGCAACAGGUGCUGCGUCAAAGGAUGCAGUGCCUCGUGUCCAAUUCUCGAUUACCAGUGGCAACUUUCACUCAUCAUCAUCAGCAGCAGCAGCAUCGUUAUACGGCUACGUCAACGGUGACAAGUAAACAAGCGACGCCACCACCGAGACACGACUGGAAUCGUGCGGUUAGCGAGGCGGAGCGGAUUGUUGGAUAUCCCACCUCGUUCCUCAGUUUACGCUGGUUACUCAGCGAUGAGAUUGCCAAUGUGGCGCUGCACUUGCGCAAGCUGGUGGGUAGUGCGCAUCCGUUAAAGAAGACUGCCAAGCACCUGCUGUACAAUGGCAAGAACACAAUGCAAGCCUGGGGACUGAUUGUGCUGCUCGUGUCCAAGGCUGGCGGACAUGCCGCCAACAUUCCGGAUGUGGAGCAGGACAAGAGCGCUGGCGUACUUCACUCGCAAAGAGCGCUGGCCGAGGUCACUGAAAUGAUUCGCAUCUCCCGCUUGGUGCACAAUAGCGUCGUCAACUUGCAAUCGGGCACUCAGGCAGGACAGGAUGGCACCACCUUCGACGACAUGUCCUUUGGCAACAAAAUUGGUCUGCUCACAGGUGACUAUCUGCUGGGACACUCCAGUGCUAAGCUGGCCAAUCUGCGCAAUCAGGAAGUUGUGGAAUUGAUUUCCUCCGCUGUGCGCGACUUUUCCGAAUCGGAAUUCAUUGGCGAACGCGACGAACAGAAUAAUCCGCUGCCCUUCAAACCGGGCACCUUCCAGCGUCCCUGGCUCGGCGUUGGCGUCGAUUUCAACGAACAUGACGUACAUGCUCCUAUGCCCAUUGGCCAGGUGAUGGGCAAUCCUGAGCAGGAGUGGGAGUGUCGUAAUAUUCUGAAUGCCGGCAGUCUGCUGGGAAAAUCCUGUCAGGCAUCCCUUAAGUUGGCCCAACAGAGUGAAGAGAUGCAACGUCAUGCCUAUCGCUUUGGCAAGCAUCUCGCCCUCGCCUGGCAAGCCUGCUUGGAUGCCGAGAUCUUUCAAACUCCCACCUUACCACUGGACGCACAGUUUAGUUUAGUGAGUGCCCCAGUGCUGUUCCAUUUGGAGCACGACCCAAGCAUGUAUGCGCUGCUGGAGAAGGGCAAACAGACAGUGGAGAACAUUGACUAUCACAAGAUACACAAGAUCGUUAUAGCCGGCCCGGCGUUAGCCAAGACUAAGGAGCUGCAGUGCAAGCACACGGCAGCGGCGCUCACAGUGCUGCAACAUUUCCCGGCGACGGAUGCACGACAGGCGCUGGAGAACAUCAUACUGGCGAUGCAGGAUUUGUGACGCGGGUGGAAGACGACGUCAAUGGGUUCAGGUUUUAAUUAUAGUACAAUGACAUUAGCUUAAAGCGUAUACAGUUCACAAUUUAGACUAAUGCAGAACAUUAAGCGGGGCGGACAAAUGAAUUUGUUAUACAAGUACUUAUAAAAAUAAAGUCA